CCCAGCGGCGGGCGGGCGGUUCCGGUGUGCCCGCGCUGUUCCGGUGUGCCGGGGCCGCCAGGGGCUGCCCGCUGUUCCCGGCCUGUUCCCGCGGUCCCGGGCCGCUCCGAGGGCUCGCGGCUGUCCCGGCGGUGGCGGUGGCGGUGGCACGGGCCAUGUCGGUGUUCGUGACGCGGCGGAUCCCGGCCGAGGGGCUGCGGGUGCUGUCCCAGGCCAGCGGGUGCCGCGUGCAGCAGUGGGACUCGGAGGAGCCGGUGCCGCGGGCCGAGCUGCUGGCGGGCGUGGCGGGGACGAGCGGGCUGCUCUGCCUGCUCUCGGACCGCAUCGACCGCGAGGUGCUGGACGCCGCCGGGCCCGGCCUGAAGGUCAUCAGCACGCUGUCCGUGGGCUUCGACCACCUGGCCCUGGACGAGAUCAAGAAGCGGGGGAUCCGCGUGGGGUACACCCCCGAGGUGCUGACCGACGCCACCGCCGAGCUGUCCGUGGCCCUGCUGCUGGCCGCCUGCCGCCGCCUGCCCGAGGCCGCCGAGCAGGUCCGCAGCGGCGGCUGGACCACCUGGAAGCCCCUGUGGAUGUGUGGGCACGGCCUGUCCGACAGCACCGUGGGCAUCAUCGGGCUGGGCAGGAUUGGACAGGCAGUGGCCCGGCGCCUGAAGCCCUUUGGGGUCAGGAGGUUCCUGUACACCGGCAGCGGCCCCAAGCCCGAGAGCGCGGCCGAGUUCGGGGCUGAGUUUGUGCCACUCGCCAGGCUGGCCGAGGAGUCAGACUUCGUGGUGGUCACCUGUGCCCUGACGCCGGCUACCCAGGGCAUGUGCAACAAGGACUUCUUUGGCAGGAUGAAGAAGACUGCAGUGUUUGUCAACACCAGCAGGGGCGCUGUGGUGAACCAGGAGGACCUGUACGAGGCCUUGGCCCAGGGGCAGAUCGCGGCCGCCGGGCUGGACGUCACCACGCCGGAGCCACUGCCCACUGACCACCCGCUGCUGAGCCUCAGGAACUGCGUGGUCCUGCCGCACAUCGGGAGCGCCACGUACGCCACGCGCAGCACCAUGGCCGUGCUGGCAGCCCAGAACCUGCUGGCCGGGCUGCGAGGGGAGCCCAUGCCCCACGAGCUGCACCUCUGAAGGCCGGGCCCCAUGGCCAGCCCCUGGUGACAGCCAGGCCCCAUGGCCAGCCCCUGGUGAUGGCCAGACCCUGCUGUGAGGGACGCCAGCCUGUGUCCCCUCCCGGCGUGGCCAGGAGCCAUUAAAGAGUAGCAGCCAAGCAA